AUGGAGCAGGAGAGGAAAAGAAUUAAGUCUAAUCCAAUAACACCAAGACAAAAAGAAAUAUUGGUAGAAUUUAUUUCUGCACGAAAAGAAAUGUAUACUGGAAAAUUAACUCCAAUGUAUACCAGAGAAAAAAUGUUAAAAAACUGGCAGGAGAUAACGAAUAUCCUAAAUUGUGUUCCGGAAGGCCCUGCCAAAGAUUGGAAACAAUGGAGAAAGAGCUGGGUGGAUAUAAAAAAGAACACGAAAUCAAGACAUUCUGACCAAAAGAAAUAUAUGGCUGGCACUGGGGGUGGUCCACCACCUUAUCUUCCACCUGAUGAUCUUUCCGGAAUCGAAGAAAAGGUUUUAAAUAUUAUCACACCAGUUGCAAUUAGUGGCAAUAAAAAUAUUUUGGAGACAGAGGCCGUGUUUAAUUUUGAGAGUGAUGACAUCUUUGAAAAUACUGAUGAUGUAAACCUCGAUAUAAGCCAUCAAUCAAACACCACAGAUUAUAUCUUGGAAGAAAAUAUCCCAGACUUAGAGUCUAUUACCAGGAGUUAUGCGAGUGAAUAUGCUAACACGUCUACUUCUGUUAAAAGCAACAAUGGCCAUGAUUAUUGUCUUACAGAAAAUCACAAGCCACAAUCACCUUCAAUGAAGUUUGGAGUUGAUGGGGAAAAGACAAAAACUUCAAAGGUGAGUUUUAGCCGCCAAAAAAGGACUAAAAUUGGCAGGCUGGAGUAUUCAUUAAGAAAUAAUGAUAGAUUAUUGAAAUUAACUGAAGAAAACAAUAAUUCUGAAAAAGAAUACAAACAAAGAAAACUGUUGCUGUUGGAAAAUGAUUCAUUACAGAAAAGUGGGUACUAUGACCGAAAAGCUCUGGCACUUGAAACCAUUGCGAAUGCUCACAAACAAAUUGCAAUAGACAUUCAAGUUAUUAAAAAUGCGAUAACACAAAGUCAAAAGCAAUAAAAUAGUUUGUUAUUAAGACUGUUGUAGAAUUGUUUUGUUUAGUUUAUUCAGAAGGAUCCAGCACAGUUUACCAUUACAAUUAGACAUAUUUUACCCUUACCCAGUGCCGGGUCCUAAAGUUUAUUAUUUAGUUUUUAGUCUUAACUCUUUCAUGUUUAGAUAUCCUUGAUCUCAUUUUUUGUGAUUUUCAUUUUUCAUAAAACUUCAUUAUAUGCAUAGAUAGGCAUACUUAAUACCUAUGUAAAUAUUUCUUAUGUUAAUAAAGGUUUUUUUUAAAAGAUUUUAUUUGGUUUUA